AUGACAUUUGAGCGUCGAUAUUCUUUUCGUGGAGAUGAUACUGCUUAUAUCAAGCAUCUUGAGUCACGGGUUUUGGAGUUGGAGCGAAAACUCCCCCAAUCACUACAGCGAGCAUCCCGCGACAAAGAACAGCCAGACACGAUCAACACAUGUCCAUUUUGUGAGAAAUGUGGAAACAACACUGGUGCCGAGACGAAUCUUAGCACAGAGCCACAAGACAGACUGGCCUCGGGAGACGAUCAAUCCUUGAUCCCUGCGACAGGACUAGCUACGACAUUGAGCGACCGUUUGGGGAAUGCCUCUGACGCUCGGUCAACAGCGGCAGCGAGCGGGAAUCGAGAAGGGGAGUCAAGUCGAAGUGAUCAAGGCACCAGAGAUGGUAAUGUUGAUUUUAUUCUAUGGAAUCCUCAUGUCGAAUCGCAAAAGCACCGAAAUGAGCCCAGCAAAUACAGAAUGCAUGAAACUUUGCGCUUGAAGAAUUUUAUAGCCUCCGUGAGCGAACUACCGAUAUCUAAACAUUGGAAAAAAUGGUACUCAGGGAGAAGUGACACCCACUGGCGGGAUAUAUGUGGGUUCACAUUGGAUUUGCCAAUGAUUCCCGCGAAGCUACCAACGGUCUCAUCGUCUGCGGCGACCACGCCUACAUCCACGGAUUCACUCACGCCUUCACUCACGCCUUCUCCCACGCCUUCACCCACGCCUACAUCCACGCAUACUUCCCAGUCCUCACACACGCCUACGCCCAUAGAAAUUUUGCUCUCAGGUCACAUCUCGUCAUUAGAAUCAUUGGAAAACACAGAGCGUAAUAAUGCAUGCUUUCGAAGGCUUGUACUCUGUUCCGCAUGUGUAGUCGCUUUGGAAACCACCCAUGUUGGCUUUCAAGAGGACGUAUACAAAGUCAUGAGACGAAUUUUUGAAUCCAACGCUUCCAAAGACCGGCUUCAAGCACUGGGUCGUGGUGCCAAAUGGAUCAACCAAGCCAUUUCUUCUUUGUCAAGCACCGAAUGGGAGUUGCGGAGCUGGGAUAUCCCUUUGCUUGUCUUGAUUGCUACCUCCGGUUCUCUGGCUGCUCGUUUCAGCCAGAAGAACUCCGUGAAGGAGUGGAACAAAGUCUAUCUAGGAGUCGCAACAUAA